UAAAUUGGGCGAUAAUAUUUUGUCCAUCGACAACUAUCCUAGAUGGAAAAUCCUGCGACACAAAAUGACACCGGUUUUCAAGAAUAUUCGACUCAAGACCAUGUUUUAUAGUAUAGAUAUAUGUGCACAAAAUUUAGUUGAUUUGAUUGAAAAAGACACACAGGUUAGGGAAAACCUUACAAUAUUAUAUAUACAUACACAGCCGCAUCUAUUGGAGCAGCAGUAUUUGGGAUAGACACAACAAGCAAAAGCACUAUAGAUUCUCCAUUCGUAAAAAUGGCCUGGGACGCCUUUGAACCAUCAUUUUCCACUAACAUAAAAUUUUUAUUGAACAAUAUGCUUCCAUCAUUAUUCAACAUUUUGCCAAUAAAAUUAUUUGGUGAUCACGAAGAAUUUUUUAUUGGUGCUGUUAAAAAUGUUUUAAAGAAGCGUCGUAAUUCUAAGAAAAGGAAUGAUUUUAUUGAUGUGUGCUUGGAGCUGCAGAAAAAUGGACUGAUGAAAGAUCCAACUACUGGUUAUGAAUUAGAGCCGACCGACGAGCUUCUCGCAGCUCAAGCGUUUUUCUUCUUUAUAGCUGGUACUGAAACCACAGCCAAUGGGAUACAUUUUACUCUUUUAGAACUGGCAGCAAACCAAACGAUUUUAACGAAACUACACGAAGACAUCGACGAAGUUUUCAAAGAUGGUAAAACUGAACUCACGUAUGAAGAUUUAGAUAAUCUGCCAUACCUCGACAUGGUCAUGAAUGAGGCUUUGAGAAAAUAUCCACCAAUUGGACAGAAUCAAAGAUUUUGUACGAAAAAUACUGAGCUACCAAGCAAUAAAUUGAAAAUAGAGAAGGGCACAGUAAUAAUAAUACCGAUAUAUUCUAUCCAUCGAGAUGAGAAACUAUUCCCAAAUCCUGAUUUAUUUGACCCGGAAAGAUUUGCUCCUGAUAGAAUUAAACAUAUGGAAAAAUUCAGCUACAUGGCUUUUGGUAGAGGAAAUCGUGUUUGUAUUGGUAUGAGAUUCGCGCGUAUCCAGAUCAAGGCUUGCUUAGUCCGUCUGUUGAGAAGGUACACCCUCGCCGAACAUUCUUACAAGCCGGAUCGGUUCGAACGAAGCACGUUCAGCAUUCGUGAUUCAAAUGCAAGAUACGAAUUCAUACCCCGAGAAUUAUGAAGAAAAUUACAAAUUUGUUCCAGAUGAGGUUUUGUUAAAAUUAAUGCACCCAACCAGAGAAGUUAAAUAUUGAAUUUUGAACUUUUACUAUAUUUCGUCAUCAAAA